AUUGCUUUCCUUUAUUUUUAUUUUUUUAUUUUGGCAGGGAAAUGUUAUUGAGACCACUUGUCCAUCCUUCAGCUAAAUAUGGGGCAAUGGAGGGCAUAUAGAGGUGGCAAUGGAUUAGAAAGGGAUGAAGAAGAAGGGUGGGGCUUUUUUUAAGGCUACACAGGCAUUGGUUGACAAGUUCACUGUCUUGAGUUUCUUGUCCAAUCCUGGCCAUUUUCUAGAAAGGUGAGAAUAAUAUAAGGUAUUAUUAGGGGAGUCUGAAGACAUUUGUCCAUCUGCGCACAUUUAGGAGGAAGGCUGCUGGACAGAGGACCGUUACUGUUUUCAGAUACACUUUGAUCUCACUAACAAGCUGUCAGUAUGCCCACUGAUGCACAGGCAGACGCCCGCUCUUUCCUGAGUGAGGAAAUGAUUGCUGAGUUCAAGGCUGCCUUCGACAUGUUCGACACCGAUGGUGGCGGUGAUAUCAGCACCAAGGAGUUGGGUACCGUCAUGAGGAUGUUGGGUCAGAACCCAACCAGAGAGGAGCUGGAUGCUAUCAUUGAAGAAGUAGAUGAAGAUGGCAGUGGCACUAUUGACUUUGAGGAGUUCUUGGUCAUGAUGGUGCAGCAACUAAAAGAAGACCAAGCUGGCAAGUCCGAAGAGGAGCUAUCUGAAUGCUUCCGUGUCUUUGACAAAAACCAAGAUGGUUGGAUUGAUCGUGAGGAGUUUGGGGAAAUUUUGCGUGCCACUGGCGAGCCGUUGGCAGAGGAAGACAUAGAUGAACUCAUGGCAGAUGCAGACACAAACAAAGAUGGAAAGAUUGAUUUUGAUGAGUUUCUUAAAAUGAUGGAGAACGUCCAGUAAGAAAAAAAUUACAUUCCAUCCCCUCCAAUCAUUAAUGAAAGCAAGUCAAGAUGUUGAAGAAAAACUCACGCUGAGAUCUUUAAAGGAAAAGAGUACAGAGGACACAACACCCUGGUUUAAAUCACCAGAAAUAAAAUGGGCUAGAAUUUGCAUUAAGGGACAGAGAAUUUUAUAGAUCAGUGCUGAUCCCCAGGGACCACACUAUGAUGGUCUCUAUAAAUAACCAUCCAAACCUUUUAAGAGGAAACCACUUACCCCAGCUGUCCCCUACUACACCUGCUUCUUCCCAAGACAUUCUCCAGCCUUCAUUCAAGCCCCUUUCCCUCUACUGUGUUUCAAAAUAACCCUGCUGCAUUAUUUACCUCAGAAACAGACUUAAUGUUGUGUUGUCAUGGAGAUAAGAAAUCUUUCCUUUAGCUCACAUGUUAGCAGUGUCUCUGCAAAUCUAUUAAAAAGGCAUGUUUUGGCCAAUGUACCUACUUGUUUAUUUGUGAUCGUAUUAUCUAAAAUGAUCUCCUUGUGUGUAAAAAUUUCAGCUCAUUUACAGAUAAAAUGCUCAAUUUCAAGCCUAAAAAAAGCUUGUUACAAGGCUAAAUAUUUCAUUUCUAGAAGCUAUAACUGAGACUCAUGUGAUCUUAUCUGAAAAACAAGAUCAUCCCACCAUGUUGGUUUCCAGUAGUCCAUGUCCAAAAUAGACAACAUUUUGGCCAUCUAGUAGAUCCGUAGUGUUGUAGUAUUAUCUUUUCGUCUGUUGGUCUCUUCCGAUAUUUCAUACUUACCCAGGACAGAGUCUUCACAUGGCCAAGAAAGGUCAUGAAAAAGAUCAAUUUUGAAUCCUAAAGACAAUCUUUUGUGCCUGGAGCAUGCAAGUUAUACAUAAGUUCUGAUCGGAGACAAAGGUCAGAUUUCCAUGUUUUUGUCUCAUGGUGGAAAGCCAUGUGAUCCUUUCCUUUGUCUUCAGGUCAUACUGAUGGAGGUAUUAUCUCAUGCCAGUGCUGUUAAUGCAAAUCUCCAGAGCUGCAAUCAUAUGCAAACUGCACACCCGAACCUCUCUGCUCUCCUCAAAAUCUCCUUUUAAAUCACUCCAUUUCUGCCUGAAAGUUUAUAGUCCGCAACCCCCUCCCCCGAGUUCCCCCAAGUACUUCUCCAAUCCACGCCCUUACGAUUCCUCACCCAGGAAACAUAUGCUAUACAUAGAAACUUGAGUUUAGGCUCUUCAGGGUUUGGGGUACCUGUGUCGCCAUUGCGGAUUUUGGGUGGGGUCGAGUGGAGAUCUAAAUCAUCUGCUAUUCAGGGCGCGCUGAAGAUUUGCAACACAGCACCUUCCCAAGAGGUUUAGGGUUUCUUGGCUUGACUAAAAGGGGGUUGGUGUGGAACGCUAUCAGCUCUCGCCAUUUUAAAAAUGAAUUUCCAUCUGUACACUUGAGAAAA